GGCCCGGAAAUCCACGGGGCACUUGGGGAGCCCCCGGUAUGGCCGGCGUCUUCGACAUCGACCUGGAAACGGAGGAAGGGAGCGACGGGGAGGAGCCUGAACUGGGGGCCUUGGAAGUGGACCCCGAUUUUCGCAGCAGUAGCUCGGAUUUUGUGCCAGGUUAUUAUGAGGAAAUUGAAAUCUCUGAAAGCAGCGUCAACAAUGGCACAGAACACAUUGGGCCCCACUGUUUUGAGCUACUGCGUGUUUUGGGAAAGGGUGGUUAUGGCAAGGUGUUUCAAGUGCGGAAGGUACAAGGCACAAAUUCUGGGAAAAUCUUUGCCAUGAAAGUGUUAAAGAAAGCCAAGAUUGCCUGUAAUGCCAAGGACACAGCGCACACAAAGGCUGAGAGAAAUAUUCUGGAGGCCAUCAAACACCCAUUCAUAGUAGACCUCAUCUAUGCUUUCCAGACUGGUGGCAAGCUCUACCUCAUCCUGGAAUGUCUCAGUGGAGGAGAACUCUUCAUGCAGCUGGAACGGGAAGGCAUCUUCCUGGAGGACACAGCCUGUUUCUAUCUGAGUGAGAUCAUCCUGGCUCUUGGCCAUCUCCAUUUUAAUGGCAUCAUUUACCGGGAUCUUAAGCCAGAGAACAUAAUGCUAAACAGCCAAGGGCACAUUAAACUGACGGAUUUUGGGCUUUGCAAGGAAUCCAUCCAUGAUGGUGCUGUCACCCACACCUUUUGUGGCACUAUAGAAUACAUGGCCCCGGAAAUAUUGAUGCGCAGUGGCCACAAUCGGGCUGUGGACUGGUGGAGCCUUGGUACCCUGAUGUAUGACAUGCUCACAGGAUCGCCUCCAUUUACCGCUGAAAACCGCAAAAAGACAAUUGACAAAAUCCUGAAAGGCAAGUUGAUGUUUCCACCCUAUUUGACUUCAGAUGCUCGGGAUCUGCUCAGGAAGUUUCUCAAAAGGAACCCCAAUCAACGAAUUGGAGGUGGGCCAGGUGAUGCUGGAGAUGUUCAGAAACACCCAUUCUUCCGACACAUUAACUGGGAUGACUUGUUGGCCAGAAGAGUUGACCCUCCAUUUCGGCCAUCUUUGCAAUCAGAAGAUGAUGUCAGCCAGUUUGAUACCCGCUUCACUCGCCAGACACCUGUGGAUAGUCCUGACGAUGGAUCUCUCAGUGAGAGUGCCAAUCAGGCUUUCCUGGGAUUUACCUACGUAGCUCCAUCUGUGUUGGAAAGUAUCAAGGAAGGGUUUUCCUUCCAACCCAAGGUGCGAUCUCCACGGCGUCUCAACAGCAGCCCCCGUACACCUGUCAGCCCACUGAAGUUCUCACCCUUUGAGCCCUUCAAGCCAAGCACAACAGUAGAGUUAAUGGAGCUGUCGGCAACCCCUCUUGGGCCUGUACUAGAAGUCACGGCUCCACUGCCCAUCAAAACACCUUCAGGCACGAAAAAGAAGAAAGGCCGAGGGCGGGCACGAUAAUUGGGGCAGCAAAGAGACCUCUGGAUUUUCAUCAUCAGGGCCACCUUCUCUCCCAGCGAGAAAGGGACACCUGAUGUUGGUGCUUCCUUGAUGUCAGGACUAACUCAGCCAUGGUGCUUUUAGUGCAAUCUACAGUGAAUCCUGGAGGGAAGAGAAUAAUUUGGGAAGCACAAAGGAGUCGUGAGCAGCAGAAGUCUGCCUUAUUAUCACCCUAGGAACAUUUGUCUGAGUGCCUCUUGAAAUUUUGCAGAGUCAGAGGAAAAAGCACGUGCUCUGGCUCGUAUCGUGGCUGCUCUAGUUGAAAGCUCAGGACCUGUCAAGGAAACAAAGCAACUCUGAGGAAGUGGAAGAAAGGAUCAGACUGCUCCUUCAGGGUGAAGCUUCUUUACCUGUCUUCUUUUUCCAACAGGCAUCCCUUUGCCAAAAAUGACCACCUCUCCC